CCCAUCGCCCCCGGGCAACAGCCCACCCCCGAACAAAUCGCUGCCAUCCAACGCCAACUCGCCGAAGAAGCCCGCAAGCACAACAUGACGGUCCCGCAGUACGUCGAGAAGUUGAAAGCCGAAGCCAUGCGCCAGCACCAGAUGCAGCAGGCCCAGCAACAGCAGCAGGCCCAGCAGCAGGGGGGCCAUCAGCACGGCCCGAAUUGUAAUCAUGACCAUGAUGGGCAUACGCAUGGAGGACCGCAGCAGAUUCCGAUCAAUGAGGGGCCGCCGAAGCCGGAGGCGUUGGCGGUGGCUAAGUGGUUGAAGGGGCAGGAUUUGAAGGAGCGGGCGUGUGUAUUCGGGGAGAAAAGGAAGGAUAUGUUCCGAGUCAAACGCGCCCUCCGUGCCCUCCAAUCCCCCACCUACACCCAAGCCCGCGCCAAAAACCCCCUCCUCCCCCCGGUCACCGACCGCGCGUCCGCCGAAAACGCCUUCAAGCUCCUCCCCGUCUCCCUCCUCGCCCUCCGCGUCACGAAAGUCGAGUCCCCGGACGACUCCAAGAAGAAGCGUACCAAAGGCCUCUGGACGGUCAAGAUCGAACAGCAACAGGAGACGCACGACGACUGCCACUAUAUGUGGCUGUACGAGGGGAGCCAGGUGCGGCAGAAGUUGAUGGCGGCGGGGGCGUUGGCGGCAGUCGUGACAGUGGUGAUGUUCCCACUGUGGCCGGUGAAGUUAAGGCAGGGGGUGUGGUAUCUCAGCAUGGGCAUGCUCGGUCUCAUCGGGCUGUUCUUCGCCAUGGCGAUCGUUCGACUUAUCUUGUUCUGCAUCACCGUCUUCGUGACACCGCCGGGGCUCUGGCUGUUCCCUAAUCUCUUUGAAGACGUCGGGUUCAUCGACAGCUUUAUCCCGUUCUGGGCGUGGCAGGAGACCCCUGAAGACAAACAACGCGCCUCCCAAGCCAAGAAAGACAAGCGCCUGAAACGCCGCGCCGCGCAGGAAGGGAAAUCCGCCCCUACCAGC